AUGGUUGCCACGGUCUGCAUUCAGCCGAUUGAUUUACUCAAAGUGCGCCUGCAACUAGCAGGAGAGGGCGCCAGAAAAGGACCGAGACCCACAGCGUUGUCUAUAGCAAGGACGAUUAUCAGCCAAGGCAAGGUCACUGACCUCUAUCAAGGCCUCUCAGCGGGUUUACUGCGUCAAAUCGUGUACGGCACCGCUCGACUUGGUCUCUUUUUCACCUUCGAGGACAUGAUGCAGCAACGACUCCAGCGACAGGGAUUGCAGAUGGGUUUCGAACACCGAGCAUUGGCCGGACUGGCUGCUGGUGGGUUGGCCGCUCUUGUCGCGAACCCUACAGAGGUUGCGCUCGUGCGAAUGCAGUCCGACGGCUUACAGCCAAAAGAGCUCAGGGCGAACUACCGGUCAGCUUUCGACACCUUGGCUCGCAUCUCUCGCAACGAAGGGAUGCUGGCUCUAUGGUCGGGCGCCUUCCCAACCAUGAUAAGGGCCAUGGCGACCAACUUCGGCCAACUGGCAUUUUUCUCGGAAUCCAAAUACCAAUUGUCAGCCCACACAACCCUUAGCCCACAGGCACAAACAAUUUGUGCUUCAGCAAUUGCCGGAAUAUCAGCCGCCUUUUUCAGUCUGCCAUUCGACUUCCUGAAGACCCGACUGCAAAGGGCAAAUGCUGCGACUGGGACGCCCGUCUACAGAGGUAUGUGGCAUUGUGCCUUGAGUGUCGCGAGGAACGAAGGGUUCCUUCGAUUUUACCGUGGGUUCGGUGCAUACCUUUUCCGGAUCGCGCCCCAUUCCAUCAUAGCACUUGUCGUUGCCGACAACAUCAACGCCUUCCUUAAGCAGGCUCAAUAA